AUGGAGGUUACUCAGGAUUCCCGAAGGGAACUGGUGGCCACUUUGCUAAAGGAAGCCAUCGACGCUGCGGAAGGAGGAGAGGAGGAGGAGCUCAAUAAGCUGGAGCUCGCCAUCGAAGGUGCUCAAAAGUUGGGCCUCCACGCGGAGUUGCGCGUUGCAGGUCGCCGCGUGCUGGCGAGGUGGCGAAAGAAGAAUCCAAGAGCUCAAUGUGCAGAAGCAGAGGAGGCCUCCUUUCGUCAACGCCAGGAGAGACGAAUCGGUGACCCCAUCCGGACCAGUCCGGAGGAGAUGUGUCUGAAGCAGCUUACUCGAGCCAUCUCAGAAGCUGAACUGGCUGGAGUGGAGGUGGCUGUGGUGGAGGAAGCUCGACACUCUGCUGAGCGUGUGCAGGAGCAAAGAAAGGCUGAGAGGUCUGCCAACCGGAAGUUGGAGAGCUUGCUUUCGAGUGAUUGCAACCAGGUGAAAGAGAUCUUGGAGCAGAAGAAGUUGAAAAUCUGUGGGGCAGAAGCACGACGUGUCUUGACAGAUGUUGCAGAUCAUUUGGUUCGACAGGCUGAAAAGGAGCAGCAGCAAUCCUGGUUGAUGCAAGAGCUUGCUGCUGCAGGUGAGAAUGGGGAUGCAGCUCAGUUAAGAAAAUUGAUGACGCAAGCUUCAUCCCUGGACUUGUGUGUCCCACCCUCUGUCCUUGCAUUGGUUGAUGAGUUAGAAGCUGGCGACAGCACCAGGCUGGACUUCACCAACUUGACGAGCACAUCAACCGUGCGGAGUCAUGUGGAUGUCUCUGAAAAGCUUGCUGCCAUGCAAGCGAGACAAAGUAAGCUCCUUCGCAGAGCCAUUGAAAAGGCAGAGCAAUAUCCAGAUACCCGAAUUCUGGAUGCGGCUCAAAAGGCAUUGGCCGAAGCAAAGCAGACUCGGGUUCCACUGGAUGACAUUGCAGUUUUUGAGAGGCGGCUCGUUGUUUUGGAGAAUACCCACAGACCACGAUUGAAGGUUGAAGAAGGAUUGCACAAGCUGAUGUCACAAGUCGAAGAGGUCACCAUCGGCGCCGUUGCAGAGAAUGUCUUGAAAGACAUCGUGCAGGUGCAUCAGUUGGCUCGGCUGGUGGCAGAUGGUAUGCGCUUCGGCGUGGAUGAGGAUUUGCUGGAGGAUGCGGAGGAACUCCACGAGCGAUCCGUGGAGUUCCUCCAGCUGCGCCGCAGCGCCGAGGAUGAGCUGCAGGCCGCCUUCGGUCGACGCAUCCGCGAUGCCAGCGACUUGGAGCGCCUCCAUUUGGCGGUGGACGAAUGCAAGCGCGUGGGGCUCAACGUCCACACGGCCGAGCGGCAAGUGCUACGCUUGAAGGAUUUGCAGGUGAACCGCGAAUCCACACAGGCUGAGUUGAUGGAAGCCUCACGAGGCGUGGGCGUCGCGGGGCGCUUGCGCCUGGAAACCGCGGUGCGUGCGGCCAAGAGCGCGGGCGUGUCGGCGGAGCAGCUGCGCGCGGCGAGCCAGAAGCUCCAGGAGCUCCGGGAACACGAGGAGCGCUGCGACGUCUUAGCUGGAGAAGUGCAACGGUCGCUUCCACUGUUGCAGAAACAGCCCUGGCGCUAUCAGCAGCUUUUGGAAAAAGCCAGAGCAUUGAAGCCAUGGACGUCCAAAUUAGAACGGCUCAUUACAGACGGCAAGGAGAUCUUGGAUAAGAGAGAAAAGAGCAAUGCCAGACGCAGGGAGGUGCGAGCCGAGCUCGUGGAACAGCUGAAACGAGUUGAGGAGUGUCGUGCGAGUGGCAAAUCGACUGCAGAGCUCUUGGGGCCGCUCAGAGACCUGUUGGAUGCAGCUGAGACGGCAGGACUGCAGCAUGAGAGCAUCAAGAAGGGGAAAGAGUUCUUGCAACAUGCCAGAAGAGAGGCCUGUCAGCGCAGCGUCGCAGAGCAUCGCCUGCAGCUGGCGUUGAAUGCUCGAGACCAGGGCGAAAUCGAGCGCUCGAUGCGCCAGGUGCGAGCUUUAGGGCAGGUGGGUUUGACGGAUCAUCGUCCUCAUCGCCCUCAUCUCCGAGGCGAGGGGGACUCGGCCGGGCUCAUGGAACAAGCCAGCUCCGUGCUGCAAAGCCUCACCGAGGUCGCUGCCAGGCGACAUGCGGCCGCCGAACGCCUGCAGGAACGCCUCCUCGCCGACCAAGCUCUACCAGUCUUGCCAUCCUCAUCGCCCGAUGCCUCUAAGACGACGUGGCGUGACGCGAGUGCUGCCAUUUCAGAGGCCAAGCAUUGUGGCGUGACGCGAACGCUCAUUGAGCAGGCGAAGCUGAAGCUGCGCUUAAAGCAUCGGAAGAGGCAGGAACAAGAGGAGGCGCGCUUCUUUCGGUGCCGGCAAGGAAGCGGCGACGGAAAGCUUUCAUAUCUUGCGAAAUCGUGGAGGGAGGGAGUGGAGUGA